UAUAAAUGAAAAAAGAAUAGACAUCAUUUUAUGUACGAGUAUUGAAAAGGCUGCAAUUGCAUUAAAUAAAUGUACAAUAAAAUGAACAUAAAAAAAUAAAAUUAUCAUCAAAGUUUUCCCCCAAAGAAGUUUUAAAGGCUUGGGAGAGGCAUUCAGAAUGAUGGAGAGAAUUAUGUGGAUGGAGGUGCUCAUGGACUGGGAAGCAGUAUCAAUAAAGAGAGAAGGGAACAGACAUCAGGAGCUACAGGAUGACUCACUGGUUGUGUGGAAGGAAGUUGAUUUGACCCGGUUGUCAGAGAAGGAACGUCGUGACGCCUUGAAUGAGAUUGUUAUUCUGGCGCUGCUGCAACAUGACAACAUUAUUGCCUACUACAAUCACUUCAUGGACAAUACCACCCUGCUGAUUGAGCUAGAAUACUGUAAUGGAGGAAACCUGUAUGACAAAAUCCUUCGUCAGAAGGACAAGUUGUUUGAGGAAGAGAUGGUGGUGUGGUACCUUUUUCAGAUUGUUUCAGCAGUCAGCUGCAUCCAUAAAGCUGGAAUCCUGCAUAGAGAUAUAAAGACAUUAAAUAUUUUUCUGACCAAGGCAAACUUGAUAAAACUUGGAGAUUAUGGUCUAGCAAAGAAACUUAAUUCUGAGUAUUCCAUGGCUGAGACGCUUGUGGGAACCCCAUAUUACAUGUCUCCAGAGCUCUGCCAAGGAGUAAAAUACAAUUUCAAAUCUGAUAUCUGGGCAGUAGGCUGUGUCAUUUUUGAACUGCUUACGCUAAAGAGAACAUUUGAUGCUACCAAUCCACUCAACCUGUGUGUGAAGAUCGUGCAAGGAAUCCGGGCCAUGGAAGUUGAUUCUAGCCAGUACUCUUUGGAGUUGAUCCAGAUGGUCCAUGAGUGCCUCGACCAGAAUCCUGAGCAGAGACCCACUGCAGAUGAACUUUUAGAUCGGCCCCUUCUCAGGAAACGCAGGAGAGAGAUGGAGGAAAAAGUCACUCUGCUUAACGCACCUACAAAGAGACCAAGGUCAAGCACCGUGACUGAAGCACCCAUUGCUGUGGUAACAUCACGAACCAGUGAAGUCUAUGUUUGGGGUGGUGGGAAAUCCACCCCCCAGAAACUGGAUGUCAUCAAGAGUGGCUGUAGUGCUCGUCAGGUGUGCGCAGGGAUUACCCACUUUGCUGUGGUCACAGUGGAGAAGGAACUGUACACUUGGGUGAACAUGCAAGGGGGUACUAAACUACACGGUCAACUGGGCCAUGGAGACAAAGCUUCCUAUCGACAGCCAAAGCAUGUGGAAAAGUUGCAGGGCAAAGCCAUCCGUCAAGUGUCGUGCGGUGAAGAUUUCACAGUCUGUGUAACAGAUGAGGGUCAGCUCUAUGCCUUUGGAUCAGACUAUUACGGUUGCAUAGGGAUAGAUAAGAUUGCUGGCUCUGAAGUGCUAGAGCCCAUGCAGCUGAACUUCUUCCUCAGCAAUCCAGUGGAGCAGGUCUCCUGUGGGGAUAAUCAUGUGGUGGUCCUGACACGAAACAAAGAAGUCUAUUCAUGGGGCUGUGGCGAACAUGGACGACUGGGUUUGGAUUCAGAAGAGGAUUAUUAUACACCACAAAGGGUGGAUGUUCCCAAGGCUUUGAUUAUUGUUGCAGUUCAGUGUGGCUCUGAUGGGACCUUUCUGCUGACCCAGUCAGGCAAAGUGUUGGCCUGUGGACUCAAUGAGUUCAACAAACUGGGUCUGAAUCAGUGCAUGUCUGGAAUUAUCAACCAUGAAGCAUACCAUGAAGUUCCAUACACAACCUCUUUUACCUUGGCCAAACAAUUGUCCUUUUAUAAAAUCCGUAUCAUUGCCCCAGGCAAGACUCACACAGCUGCUAUUGAUGAGCGAGGCCGGCUGCUGACUUUUGGCUGCAAUAAGUGUGGGCAGCUGGGUGUUGGGAAUUACAAGAAGCGCCUGGGAAUCAACCUGUUGGGAGGACCCCUCGGUGGGAAGCAAGUGAUCAGGGUCUCCUGUGGUGAUGAGUUCACCAUUGCUGCCACUGAUGAUAAUCACAUUUUUGCCUGGGGCAAUGGUGGUAAUGGCCGCCUGGCAAUGACUCCCACGGAGAGACCACAUGGCUCUGAUAUCUGUACCUCAUGGCCUCGGCCUAUUUUUGGAUCUCUGCAUCAUGUCCCAGAUCUGUCUUGCCGUGGCUGGCACACCAUUCUCAUUGUUGAGAAAGUAUUGAAUUCUAAGACCAUCCGUUCUAAUAGCAGUGGCCUCUCCAUUGGAACUGUGGUUCAGAGCUCUAGCCCAGGAGGCGGCUGUGGUGGUGGUGGUGAGGAGGAGGACAGUCAGCAGGAGUCUGAAACUCCCGAUCCAAGUGGAGGCUUUCGAGGAACAAUGGAAGCAGACAGAGGAAUGGAAGGUUUCAUCAGUCCCACAGAGCCCAUGGGGAAUAGUUGUGGGGCCAGCAGCUCCUGUCCUGGCUGGCUUCGAAAGGAGCUGGAAAAUGCAGAAUUCAUCCCCAUGCCAGACAGCUCAUCUCCUCUGAGUGGAGCAUUUUCUGAAUCCGAGAAAGAUACCCUGCCCUAUGAAGAGCUGCAAGGACUCAAAGUAGCCUCUGAAGUGCCUGUGGAGCCUAAGCCCCCUGCAGGAGGAGCCUGGCCACCCCUGCUGACUCCUGCAGUACCAGGUGCUGGGAAGGGAGCACCAUUGACCCCUCCUGCCUGUGCGUGUAGCACUCUGCAGGUGGAGGUUGAGAGAUUGCAAGGUCUGGUGUUAAAGUGUUUGGCUGAACAGCAGAAGCUACAGCAAGAAAACCUCCAGAUUUUUACCCAACUGCAGAAGCUGAACAAGAAAUUAGAAGGAGGGCAGCAGGUGGGGAUGCAUUCCAAAGGAACUCAGACAGCAAAAGAAGAGAUGGAAAUGGAUCCUAAGCCUGACUUAGAUUCAGAUUCCUCCUGGUGCCUCCUGGGAACAGAGUCCUGUCGAUCCAGCCUCUAGUCUCCUGAGCCUGCAUAGCCCCCAGGAAACUGGGAUCCGAAGACCUUCACAGCACACUUACCGAAUGCAAAGAGCAGCUUUCCUGCUUUGUUCACUUGCAGACAAGGAGCACAAGGCAGAGGCUCUGAGCACUUUCCUUGUAUGUUUGGAGAGUGGCACUGCCUUUUAGAUAGGAUCUAGAGUGAUUUUCUUGUUUUGGAGAAUAGAGGGCCCUGUAGCCCUGGCCUUGUCAUCACUGACUGCCAUAGCAACAGCAGCUCUGAACCUUAUCUGUUGAUCCCACCUUUGAAGAAGAGACACAGUGCUCAUUUUAAUUGCGCUGGUAGCAGCUCAUAUCCCAUUUACCAUUUUCACCAUGAUUCCAAGCUGUCUUGGGAAUUCGGCACCAGUCGUUGCACCUCUGGAUGGGGAGGGAAAAGUGGAAAGCUGGAGUGGGCUGGGGUCAGGCAUAGCCUGCCCAGGGUCCUCUGGAAAAUGGUAAAGUAUUCUGAGCCCUCUCGGGAGCCUUCAGUCCAGGAAAAUUUCGUGGAAUCAGUCUAGGCUGAGUUUUCAGAAAGUUCAGCUACUCCAUGCAGCUAAAUGUUUUAGGAGGAAAAGUGGGUUUCAAUUGCUUUUCCCUUGAAGGUUGAUGAAAUGAGAAGUAGAGAAAGGGCAGAUCCAUCCUCAUCACAUAGCUUGGGUUUCAGGCUGUGCCCAGUGCAGGGUGGAAUUUCCCAGCUCUGAAAAGUGCCUCUGAAGAAGAAAGUAGUAUCUCAGAGAACUGGGUCAGGCGCCUUAGGCAGAGUUGUAGGGGAAAAUGGGGAGGGGAGGAGUGCCUCCUUCAGUGCUUCUACCUGGCUGUGAUACCACGACUUGUGCCUCUGCCUUCAUGGCUCUGGGGAAUCUGAUGUUGAUGUCAGCAGCCCCAGCCCCUCCCCCUCUGUAUGCCUAGUCAGUAUUUCUCUCCUUUUGGUGUUUUUUUGAAGCCAUGUUAUAACCAGUGAAUCCGUAUCAUCUUUCCUACUUGAGUGGCCCAAAGCUAGCACCAAACCCUGGGGGUCCAGGAAACCUAAUAGAACAGGUAGAACCUGUCAAAUGAAAGCAAUUUGGCUGCAGACUCGCUUCUAUUGUGUCUCUGUAGUCAACAGCAAAUCAGCUUUCCCAAAGGGAAACAGUAAAGAGUAAAACUGCAUAUAUGUAGUUUUAGGCAAAUGUUUGAUGGUUUCCAUUAAGGAUAUGAGUGUUGUAUUCCCAUAAAGCCUUAUGAAAUGUUCCUGUAUUUUGGGUUACAGGAGCUGUUUUGAUUGUUAAUCCUUCCUCCCUCUAAGGAGCUAAUUUUGUUGCAUUUUCCCCAAACCAAUCUGUUUUAAUAUUGCAGGAGGACUUCUACAAGGGAAAUUUUACCAUCUCAAUAAAACUAAUAGUGAUAUAGGCUGGUGCUGGUUUAAAAAAAAAAAAAAAUCUCUGGGGAAGGGCAACUCUGUCCAAUGGGAUCAUUGAUGUCCCAUUGUUUUCUCAAUUCUGAGAAGCAUAGUUCAAUAGUACUAAUGUAAUCACUGAAGCCUUUUCCUAAAAUAAGGGAAGGGCCAACCCUGAAUUAAAGUUACAAGGUCUGGGGUUUUGCUGUAAACCCAAACAGUGGUUUUGAUUCAUCAUGUAAAUGUGAUUGUGGUUUUCGUAAGGACUCACUGACCUUUCAUGUUCCUGUAUCCUCAUGCUCGCCAUCUCAGCAGGCCUGAGCAGGAGGGUUAUUUUGGGUUUUCGUCAUGAGGAUCACUUCUGCUCUGGAGCUGAGGAACAUGGCCACGUUGCUGAGACUAUGGGGUGACGGUGUGUGGAAAGUGGGGUGAGAGCCCCACCGCUCUUGUUCCAGAAGGGUCAUUCCCUAAGCAGUGGAACUUGGUGGUCCGUUUCUCUGGCAUGUCCCCUUGGGAGGUCUAGGUUUGCUGUUAAUCUGGCUGAGAAUCCAAGUUCUGUGCCUUAGAGACAAGUUUCACUUUCCUGAAUUGUGCCUGGGACAACCAGAUAUUUUUCCCACCAAACAGCUAUGCAAACAGAAACCAGUUCAAAGGUGUCAGCAGUGCGUUGGAUAGGGUGAGAGGCAAGGCAGCAGAAGUGCCUUUGAAUGGUUUCCUGUAGCUAAUUCUCCCUGAGUUUUGUCCUGCUUCUCCUUAUGCAGUGGUAGGUGCUUUCCGUCUUCUGGUAGUUUUGCUUUUGAGUUACAGUAUAACUUGGGUUACUCCUAGUACUGACACUGUUGCUAAAGACGUAGCUUACUGUUAGCCAGAUGCUGGAAAGACUGAGGGUGGAAUGGUUUGGCAUUUCUGUUUUAAAUAAACAUUUAAACUC